AUGAAUGCAAAAUUGGAAUUUCCGCUUGAAACUCUUGCUUUCAAUUACUUGAGCUUCGGUUUCUUUACUGCCCUUAUUACCGCUGUCGUUGGCUUCUGGAGGAUUAAAGCAUCUUCAACUUUUCCACGUGGAGACUUUUCCGGUGCCCCAUCUUCAUCCUCGCCGACGCCAACGUUGGUAACGUCCUCACUGCAGGUAAAUGAGACUGUGUCAAAUGAAUCAUUGUCAGCAGUUACUACUAUGAUAUCGCCUUUGAGCAACGAGGAGGUAGGAACAAAAGGGAAACUAACAGUGUACUACAAGCAAGAUGGCGGUGCAGAAUGUGACGGCAAUCAAGAAGGCAUCGAUCAGGAAGGAGAAGAUAAUGGCAUUAAGUUGUGUGAAGAGUGGUUUGUGAAUAAUUGGGAGAAAUUGUUGAAAAUGAGAAUUGGGGAAAUGAAGUGGUAUUGUUAUCAGGACAUGAAGAUAAUUGAUGGCAGUGUAGUUAGGUUGUGGGACGGUUCUAGACCACGGCCGAGGGAAGUGGAAAAAACUGCUUUCUCGAUUGGUGUAAUUAGUGCUUGGUAG